GUGUCGUGAAGAGCCAUGCUGCUCGUGCUAUUUGCUGAUCUUACUUUUUUUUUAUAUUGAAAAUACUCGUCUGGCGAUUGCCUUCCACCAACCAAGCCUCGUUCAGCCUCAUCCAUAAGACUAACGAAAACUGUCUAGGUAGACUGUCUAACUUGAUGAUGGCGUCUCAAAUUAAAGCGCCCGUUCCGUCUUGGUACCCGUUAUUUUGUUACCAGGCGUUUGCAACAUCUGUGUCACGUGGACCCAUCUUCCACAACAUCAAGACAGAGCGGGCUUGUCAGCGACCUUUGUAGAAUACAAGGGCUGCCUGCAGACUCAAGUAUCUAUCUAACGGUCUGUUUCAUUGAGAACCGUUCGGUCACAUAACGCCCGUGUGCUGUUCUCUGGAUGCUUUCCUUCUCUUGCUCCUUGCGUAAUGACUUACUCGAAAUGUCCCUCUUUAAUGCAAGCCAUAUAUACAUGCACUCGCUUUCUCGGUGACUGCAGGUCACAUCGAGGAGGGAUGGUAUUACCUCAUCACUCUUUCAAUUCUGGUUCAUCUUCGAUGCUGCAAUAUUCUUGCAGCCAGUAACUUAUGUUACUGUCAAAGUCUCGACUCGAAAAUAAUCACGACCAUAAAAGGUAUUCAAUCAUAUAUGAUAUUCAUUAACCUGCAUGCGAAUAGACGAAUCAAACCCCUCCAAUAUCGCCAAUGUUUGCCUUUUUCAAGCCAGUAAACAGCCAGCGGGAGGCUCGCAGCCGCACGUGAAUCAGACCCGUUGGUUCGCCCUGCCCUUUGGGAGAUCCAACCUAAGUACCUAUCCAAUGGUGACUGCCCGUCCAAUCUUCCAAUACUCGAGCUCGGCCUGAGGAGAAAGUGCCUUGAUAGUUGGGAGCUCUUUCUACUAAACUCUUAUAUAUUGCUUUCACCAACCACUUUCAGAUUUCCUCCACUUCAUCCGUAUCAGAAUCAAGAUCAGCUCUUGAGCCAACGAACUAUCAACAUGAGCAUGAACAACACGCAGAAACAAGAUGGCCUUGAGAUACCAGUGAGCGACCCCCAAGGCGUGUACGUGCCUCAAGAGGAAUACCAGAGCCUCCUUGCGAUUGCCCACCAGUAUGUCUACCUACGUCAGAAUCUCAUCGCACAAGGGCUGAACGAAGCAACUGUGGAUUCUCUCUGCCUUCAGAAGCCAGCUGGAGAUGCGCCUCCCUAUGCCCCUGAACAGUUUGAACCAUCGCCACCGGCAACAUUCACUUGCAAAGAACAAACAUCUACUUUCCCAGUUCAAUCGAAUACCGCUUCGGGAUGUCCUACUGAAGAUCAAGGGUUUCGGCUGAAUGGGAGUUGGCAGCCUAAUGCGUCGUAUCGAUCCUCAACCUAUCCGGGUGGCUCGAUCAACCACAAACGGCCUGUGUAUUUCCAGGACAACAAAAGGCCAGAAAUUAAGGAAUGGUUUGAGCGCUCUGCGCAGAGGUCAGUCCUGCUCCUCAAUGUACCUGAUGGCGUCACACAUGGGGAUGUUGCUGCGGUUAUUCGAGGAGGCCCCGUACUGGAGAUUUUUCUUCGAAGUAAAGAUAACACUGCCACGGUCUCCUUUUUGCACGAGGCUGAUGCCUGUGCUUUUAUUGAGAACUGUCGUGCAGCCGGUUUGUACAUCAAAGACCGGAAGGUAAGUACGUUUGCGAAAGGAGCCGGCCUCGUUCUCAUACGCUAUCGCAGAUACAUACAAAAUGGUCUGACUACCAGUUCACCCUCAGUGGCCAGGUUGCCCAUCAUAUUCGUAAGGGUGGCUCUCGUAACUUCGUCAUCCGCAAGCGGGACCCCAACCUCACUACUCAGGCUAUCCGAGAUGAUCUGGAACACAUUCACAAUCUUCAUGUGAUCAGCAUCGAGUUUGAGAAGGACAGCUGUUUCAUCAGCACCAAUGCGGUCCAUGGAGCUAUCUAUGCUCGAACUUGUCUUCAGAGCCGAGUGUAAGUUAGGCUCUGUCUCAUGUUGAAGACCAGUCAGUUGCCCAGACAGUGCUAAUUGGCGACUUAUCCAGAGAGUACAGAGCCUCUCGUAUUGAAUGGUAUGCGGAUGAAUGUGCGCAGCCAUUUCAGAGAAUAUCGUCUGCAUUUCACGCUCCCGUCCCUGAUGUGAAGCCGCAGAGAAGUGUCAUUACCGCCCAUCCAUCACGCAAGGACCUCAUGGGAAACCGUUUCCAGCUGUUGGAUCUUUCUGAUAGUGAGGGAAGUAAUGGGGAUGAUUCAUCUGACGACUCUUUUUGAGUUACUUGAGGGCACACCAUCUUCGAUUCUUCGGUCUAGUAUGAUCAGGAGAUCAAUUUGCCAUGGCGCUAAUGGCCUGUUUAUUUGUACAGUUUUCGCUUCAAUUCUCUGUGAAGGAGAGGUCUAAUCAUGGGACAUACAGUGGGGUUUGUUUGGCUGUAUAUUUCAGAUGGGACCUUGACUUGGCUCUGCGGUUGCUUUCCGAAAGCAAUUUUCUCAACGUCAACCUUCAGGCAGAUUGGUAUUGGGAGUUCUAGACGGGGACGGGAACGUCACAAUGCAUGUAUGGUUGUGAGACGACAUCUGGAAUUUAAUACAAGGAAAGAUUGAUAUGAUAUGCCAUGCUGCAACUUCCAAUAGCCUGACUAUGAAAUUAGCUCUUCGACUGUGCAGCGGUUCAAAUGCCAGAAUGGAGCUUUCCUUUGUCCAUAUCACCACAACCGCGAUCCAUAGAUGAGUUAGAACACUUCAACAUAUACAAUAUACAAGAUUUUAUUAUCUCCA